CACGUCUUUUGCAUCCAUGCGAAUAUCCCACAGUGGCGUAUGCUACUUGGUUGUUUUGUCCCUGAAGGAAAGCUAGAUGGACUCUUUACAGAGUAAGAGUCAUGGGUCAUGAGGAACGAGGCACUGUGACCUUGAGAGGGAAAAGAGCCAAACAACUCAAGGAGAGAGAGGGAAGGAGGGGAGCUAGGGAGGGCGAGGGACAGAGAGGAAGAGAGGGAGUGGAUGGCUGAAGAAGGAAGGAGGGAGAAAGGCAGAGAGAAGAAAAGACACAACUUGUGACUUGACAAAAGAGGGCAGGUAUCAAAGGCAGGAGCAUGAAGGCACCCGCAGGAUUCUUCUCCGCCUUGGUGCUGCUCCUUUUGAUAGGAGCGGUGCUCGGCCAGAGGCCUCGGCCAAGGAAGCCCACCAGGCGCCCGACCACUCCUAGGAAGCCCUCCGUUCCAGAGCCGCAGGAGCCAACGGACAUCCCCCCGCUCAUCCUCGGCCCGCCUUCCCCCUAUCCCGACUGCCCCAGGGAGUGUCUCUGCUCUCCAAGCUACCCCAACUCCCUCAACUGCGAGAACCGGAACAUCCGCGUGAUCCCCGUCAUCCCGCUCAGAACCCACUAUCUGUACCUUCAAAACAACUACAUCUCAGAGGUGACGGCGGAACCUUUUGUCAAUGCCACGGAUAUCCGUUGGAUCAACUUGGCAAACAAUCGCAUACAUCGCAUAGACAGACAGGUGUUCCAGAAGAUACCUGCAUUGUUGUACCUCUAUGUUCAACGCAAUCAGCUGAAAGAGGUGCCCUCGGGCCUCCCGGCAAGUCUGGAACAGCUCCGUCUCAGUAAGAAUCGUAUUUCGAAAAUACCCGCAGGCGCUCUAAGUAAAAUGGGGAACCUGACCCUGCUCGACCUCUAUCACAACCAGCUGAGCGACAGUGACCUGGGCAGGAACACCUUCAAGGAUUUGUCCAGCUUGAUGCAGCUCAAUCUGGCCCACAAUGUGCUCAGAAAGAUGCCAGCUGGCGUACCCAACAACCUCAUACAACUUUUCCUUGACAAAAACCGCAUCGAGGACAUCCCAAAAGAUUACUUCCAAGGCUUCUCUCAUCUGGCCUUCGUGAGGCUCAACUACAACCAACUGAGUGACAAAGGCGUCCCCAGGGCCGUGUUCAACAUCUCCACAUUGCUGGACCUGCAGCUCGCUCACAACCAGCUGACCACCAUUCCUCUCUUCAGCACUCACCUGGAGCAUCUGCACCUCAAUCACAACACCAUCCAGAAUAUCAACGGCACUCUGAUCUGCCCACAUAGCCUGCAGGGCGACAUGAGUGACCCCAGCCAUAUUCCUAGGCUAAGGUACCUGCGCUUGGAUGGAAAUCAACUCAGCCCGCCCAUACCGCUGGAUGUCAUCACGUGCUUCAGACACCUUCACUCCAUUGUUAUUUAGGCAAAGUCUGCCUUGAAGCAAGGAGGCGUGUGCUCACACCCUCACGCUGAACCCGGGCCACAUGUGCACACUUUGUGAAACUCUCUCUGGGUGAUACCGCAGCGACUGGGAAGGUUCCAAAGUUUCACUGAUUUUUACAGGUAGCACAGAGAUGCCUACAUGAGGAGUUGCUAAAUGAGAUGAUACACAUUAGUGUUUAUAGAAAUGUAUCAGUUCAUAAUGUGUUGUU